AAUAAUAAUUAUAAUGAAGUAAUUGAAAUUCAUGAUGAUGAUGAUCAAGCACUGGUACAAACAGCAGGAAUUAAUAAGAAGCAAAAGACACUAGUACAGACAGCAAAAAAUAAUAAAGAGCAAAAGGCAUUAGAAGAAGUGACGAAUAAUAUUAUUAUUCAAAUUCCUGCUACUAAGAAGCCACUUGAUAUUAAUUUGAAUAUUUCUUUCAAUAAUUAA